AUGAAGAUCUGUGUAUCAAAUUCGGGUAUUUAAUGUGAAAAAGGUAUAGAAAUUUGAAAAAGGACAGAGGCUAACUUUUUAUAAAAAAAUAGUGCAUUUGUUUUUAAUAUCUAUUAAAAAAAUAUAUUUAGAACGAAUUUUAUGUAAGCCGUUUCGGGUCUCAAAAUUUCACUAUCAACUUAUGAAAAGCUUCCCAAAAAGGUCAAGAAGAACCAAAUUGGAGGCCAACAAAAGCUGCCGUUUUCGGCCAUUGAUUCUCCUGCUGAAGGGUCGGCGGCGUCGAUUUGGCGUGCCUCGUUCUUCAAGGCAACUUGCCCUUUUGUUGCCCCCCGGCUUCUGCUCGGAUUGGGUUCGGUUUUGAGCCGCGAGGCAAUUAUCGCUCCUGCCAACCCCCGCUUUCAUUUCUUACCAACUUUCGCCGACUUCAAAUCUCUGACUUCAGGGUUUUCGGGACCUUUUUUUCAGAUUUUUUUUUUUUUUUAUUCCUGACUGAUUGUCAAAUAUUUACUUGUACGAAAAGUACUUUUGAAUUAGAAAAAAUGCUUGUUUGCCUAAAAGUCCAUCUUUAUUCUUUUUUUUUAAAUAAUUGAAGGAAAUGUAUUCAUUCUCGCAAUGCAUUUCCUAACAUUAAAAUUUUGGAUGCUUCACUUUUUUUUCUGUUUGUAAAUAAACCUUUUUUUCGAGGAUAAUUUUACGAAAAAAAGAAAAAAAUCAGAAAAAAAUGUUUUUUUGACUUUUUGACGACGUGAUGCCACUGGCCUCAAUAUUCUUCUUUUUUUUUUAAGUCCUCACAUUUUUUUAGAUUUCAUCUUCAAACCUUUUUUUUCCGUGUCUCUAUAAUUUAAAAUUUAUGGGUCGGUUUACUUCUCAACGAAAAAGUUUUUCGACCACCGAGGACUAAAAACGCUCUCUAGUUGCUCAAUUGAUGUAAAACGUAACGUAUCAUAUACUCUCUCAAUCUUUAAACCCAAGUGGACCCUUCAGGGUUCGCACUGAUCUGUGAGAUACUCUUCUCGGUUUCUCUAAUCAAGGUUCGAUUUUUGCAGUCCGGGACGUCGAGGAAGAUCACUCGUUGCUGGCGUCGUCCUCGUUGUCGUCGAUCCUGCGCGGCACCCGCGGACAUCUCAACAACUUUAUCGAUUCUGUCAGCCAGGUUUGCCUUUCUUUUGAGUUAGAUUUGAUUUUAGGAUUUUCUCAAUUUUUUAGAGGUGUUCAGCUCAAUGUUAUACACGAACCGUCAAAAUAACGAAGCUUCUGUGUUUUAAUCAUCUUUUUUAGUGUUUUGAAGUAGCAGAACCGAAUUUCAUAAAGUUCUUGAGGCCAAGAGCCGUUUUUAAAGAUUUUUCACGUUUUAUAAAUUUUCUGCGCUUUCAAACGUGAUACUGGGGAAAUUUUUAGUGGUCUAUAGAGGCUCGCCAAAAACUUCUUGGAGAGGACACCAAAGUGGCCACAAAACCCACCUCUAUAGUGGUCACUACUUUUCGUUUUAGUGGCCACUAUAGUGGUUCUAUAUUUAGUGGCCAUUUCAGUAGUUUUUCAUCCAGUAUCCCUUUCACCCCGUAUUCUUCCAGUAACUCUGAUAAUUUUAAAGCAAACAGAUUGGACCAGUUAUGUUGAUCCAUUGACCCCUAAAGUGGCCACUAAAAUUAUCAGUAGUUUAGUAGUAGCACUUGGACCUCUAUAGUGGCCACUAAUCCUUAACCCCUUAAGUGGCCACUAAAAGGUCAAAACCCUAUAGUGGCUGCUAAAAAUUUUCCCAGUGGAUUUUUAAACGGAUGAAAGGUUCUCAAGAUUGAACUUUCAAAAAUGAUCAUUUUAAUGAUGUUUUAUAAGAAAAUUGAUAGUUGAAAUGAAAAGAGGAUGUUAAAAAUUUCAGAACUUCUCCAUUAAGCCUAUAGAACGGGAACCACUUAUUAUUUCAUGUUUUGAAUAUGUCUGAAACAGAAAAGUGGGUUUGUCCUUUUUCGAAUUUUGACCCCUUGGAAGAAAAAAUUUUUUGACCUUCUAAUUCUUGAAGAUGCAUUUUUUGCACCGGCUUUGGUCCCUCUCGAAGAUCAAAAAAAGGAUAUGUCGAUUUCAUUCUCAAGAACUCAAAGUGAAAUAUUCUUUUAACUUCAUUCACUUUUUUCAUUUCCAACAUUGCAAUUUCGCAAACUGAACAAAAAAAAAGAAAAAAUAAAAAAUCUAAACAAAGAAUUUAAUCAAACGGCUGGAGGAAAGACGUUGAUCCCAAAUUUUCAAUUUAUGUUGAUUUUUUCUUUUUGAGUAUUAGUAAUCGUACUAAUUAUUUGGGUGAUUAUUUGUAAUAUUGAACAUAAAAUUAAGAUUCUGGUAAGAUUUAGAUUAUAUUUAUUUGUUUGCAGUGGCUGGUGCCGUCAUCGGCGCGCGACGACGACAUUGUUUCGCUGGACAGCUGCCAGUCGGCUUUCAGCCCAGUUCAUUCCAGGUUUCUACAAAUUUUCUCCAUUCUAAAGCUCAUUCAAGGAGAAACUUUGCACGGCAGAGUCCGAAAACGCCAAAAAAGGAGCUUUUUGGAAAAAAAAAAGUCCUUUAUAAUUAGUUUAUCGCGACUUCUCUGCGCUCUCUUUAUCUCUCGACGACCCUCUCAUGUUUACGUGCUAUUUCCAUGUUUCUCUGAUCUCGCGAGGGAACAAAGAGACGCAGACACGCGAAAAUUGUCAAGUCGCGGCGGACGGACUAUAAAAAAUAACACUUUUUCUUAUCGGAAAAGUCCUUUUUUUCUAAAAAGUUGAGUUUUUCGCAACCGUUCUAAUUAUUACUGUGACAUUGGCCGAUUGAAAAAAACAUUUCUCAAAAAAGGAUCUUGGAAGCAAAAUUGCCUGUUUCAAACUUUCUUUUUGAAAUUAUUAUAUUGCCAAUCAUUUUAUUAUGCCUUCUUCAAGAGGUAAUUUUAUUUUUAAUAUUCUCAUUUUUUUCAAAUCGAAAAAUACCGAAAAAAUAAAUCAACAAAAUAAGACUAAUUUUUUUAAGUUUAACGCCUGUUUUUUUUAUGACUUAAAAAUCGAUAGUAACUCCCUAGGUUGAAACUUUUUUUCUUGCGAAGUUUUUUUGAAAAAUAAUCCUUUUCACCUGAGCUAAUUGAGUUUGGUACUUGCGUAAGUAUGCUAAAUAAUCUUUCUAAAAAAAUAUCUGAAAAAAAUUAAUUUCUUGCUUUUUAUUUUUCCUUUUCCACUAAAAACCAAUGUUUAUUAUUGAAAAAAAUUUCAGCGAUCUCUUAAUGGACUUGCCUUCCUCACAUGUCCCGGACAGUUAUUAUACGGUUUUGAAGUCUUGGUUAUAAUCAAAAAGUUUUACCUUGUUCAGGUGACAAUUGGGGAGGCGCAACUGGUGAUCCUGAAAAGGUACCAAAAUUUGAGGCUGAUCGGCUCUGGAGCUCAAGGAAUCGUUUGGUGGGUUCUUUUUUCAAUAAUGACUGAAUUUUGGAAGGUUUUUUGUUUGUGUCAGCUAGUUUUUGAUCAUUUUUGCCUUGAAUUGAUAUUAUUGAAGACUCACUUACCCCCCCAUGUUGAAAUGUAUCUCAAAACCUCAAUAUCAUUAUUCAUGGAAAAAAAGCUUCAUUCGAGAGUUUUGAACCAUCACAUCUCGAUUUUUUUGCGAGGAUUUCUCGAAGUUCCAGGAAACUCACACCAAGUUUUAACGAAAUUUCAACCGUGGACUGAAAAAAAUUCGUUUUUUUUAAAGUCUUUUUCCGACCUGAUUUCUCGAGAUAUUUAUAUCAUAUCAUUGACCAUUUCGAUUAUUUUUAAUUAUUUUAUCAGUUUUUUUAUACUAACCAGUAGUGAGUAACCACCGAUCAUUGAUUUUUAACUGUUCAAUUUUGUCAUUCGCUUUCGUUUGAAAAAGUUUCAUUCAACUUGGACAACGGAGAAAAAAAGUUACGUUUUUGGUAAUCCUAAAAAAGGGGGCGGAGCCUCUCAAAUUUCUAUGUAAAAUUUUCAGAACUUUAUUUAGUUAUUGCAACCACAAUUUGAGCUCAGAAAACUCAAUCUGAAAUUUUGGUAUAAACGGUUUAUCGCGUUUCGGGAAGAACGUGUGUUAAACUAAAAGUUUCAAUUUUUUUAUUCUCUCGCUGAAAUGAUUUCGGGAUGUACCCAUGAUCUUUUUAAAAUCAAAAAUUCGAAAAUUGUCUAUUUUCAUUCAAAACCCUAGUCUUAAUUGGAAAAUUGUUUGUGACCUCUUUUUGAAGCCUCUUCAGUGGCCACUAGAGCUUUUCCCAGUACAUCCUUCUUUUCUCUGAUUUUCUCUUCAUUUGUCCUUUUUGAAAGAGAAAAUUUUCAGUUCGGCCCUGGACACGGUUCGAAAUCAACAAGUCGCGAUAAAGAAACUGUCGAGGCCGUUCCAAAAUGUGACACAUGCGAAGAGGGGCCUACCGGGAGCUGAAGCUGAUGAGCCUCGUCAAUCAUAA